UCCCACAAUACCUUGCGGCGUGCCGUUGCUCCAACAAUGCAGCUUUUAAUGGUGCUGUGAACGGGACGACAUGGAGACGCUGCAACACCGCAGCCUUGUCCGGAGACCGUAGUUGUGCACAUUCUCACAGUUCGGGAUUUUUCUCGGUUUGCCAAACCUUUCGGGCCGCUUUGCCUCAGUUUUCAGGGGGACCCCGGACUCUUCUGCUGCGGCUUCAGAGAUGCGGACACAGUCCAGGAAAUAUAGUGCGCAUAGAUUGUGGAGCGAGGUGAAGAGUCAAGGUCACAUGUGCACAAAGAACCCAGAGGAAACGCACACUGGAUGUAAUGGAGCAGCGGCAACAUUAAAAGCAGGACACGAUCGCAGGCUUUUAACGGGGUUCCUGUGUUAAGGCAAAGGAAGGUUUCUAAGGCUCAGUCUUCAGAGGAUUUAUUGAUGCGGGGUCAGAAAAUGAGAGCAUCCGAGACUGAAACACCUGGGCCGCCCAGCGAUCUUGCUGAUCUGUGAGAAACCAUGCCUUUCCUCCAUCACCCAUCGAGGGGAACCCCUCCCCACAUGCAGGACUGUUUGCUUACAUAGAUUUGGAAGAAUAGCAAAACCUUACGACGGCAAUGGGAUUAGCUUGUGUGGGCUAUGACGCAUCAGAGUACAUAUUAGAGUGUAGGUGAGGCACAGCCUCUAGCCAAUACCCACGGGACUCUAAAGAGGGGGUAAGCCGUCACAGAUGACCUUUACAGAAGGACAGAGUUGCACCACAGCUUUGAUGAUUUAGUAUCCAUCCCGCUGUCUUGCUGACAAGGUCGACCAUGGCUGCUGCUGAUCCCCAUAGCAACAGUUCCUUGGGGGGGCGAGGAACCGACUGAGAGGGUCAACAAUGCAGCGUAACGGUGGUGGGGUAGGUGUUGGAGGCCAGCCAUGGGUGUUGCGUCGCGUCCGUCUCACGUGGCUCAGUUUCAUGCUCUUCUUCAUCCUGGUCUUCUUCCCUCUAAUUGCUCACUACUACCUCACUACCAUUGAUGAAGCCGGGGGUCCUGACAAGCGCAUGUUCGGGCCGCGUCCUGGCGGCGAACUGUGCGAGGCCAAACACGUGCAGGACCUAUGCCGCAUUCGCGAGUCGGUCAGUGAAGAGCUCCUGCAGCUGGAGGCCAAGAGGCAGGAGCUCAACGGGGAGAUCGCCCGGCUCAACCUGCGCAUCGAAGCUUGCAAGCGCAGCAUCGACAGCGCCAAGCAGGAUCUGCUGCAACUGAAGAAUGUUAUCAGUCAAACAGAGCAUUCCUAUAAAGAACUCAUGGCCCAGAACCAGCCUAAGCUUUCCUUACCUGUCAGGCUGCUACCUGACAAGGAGGACCCAGGGCUGCCACCGCCCAAGUCUACACGCUCCUGCCGCCUGCGCUCCUGCUUCGACUAUGCACGUUGUCCUCUUACGUCUGGCUUUCCGGUCUACGUCUAUGACACGAGCGCCUAUCCAUGGGGGGACUACCUUGACCCUUUGGUGAAGCAGGCUUUUGCGGCGUCGGUAAAGAGCAACAUUUAUGUAACUAAUAACCCUAGCAUUGCCUGUCUGUAUCUGGUGCUGGUAGGGGAGCUACAGGAGUCCUCCUCCCCACUGCCGCCUCCUUCAGAGCUGGAAAAGCAACUGAAAGCUCUUCCUUACUGGAGAUCCGAUGGGCACAACCACGUACUUGUGCAUCUAUCUAGAAAGUCUAUGACGCAGAACUUCCUGUAUAAUGUGAGUGCGGGACGAGCGGCGGUCGCUCAGUCCACCUUCUUGGAGCAGCAGUACCGCGAGGGGUUCGACCUGGUUGUGUCUCCACUGGUCCACGCCCUCUCGGAACCCAACUUUUUAGAAGUACCACCCCAGGUCCCCGUAAAAAGGAAAUACCUUUUCACUUUCCAGGGCGAGAGGGUGGAGUCACUGAGGAGCAGCUUACAGGAAGCUCCCCCUCAGUCUUUUGAGGAGGAACUGGAAGGAGAUCCACCAGCUGACUACGACGAUCGCAUAAUCGGCACUUUAAAGGCAGUGCAGGACAGCCAUUUGGAUCAAGUGCUGGUAGAGUUCACCUGCAAGAACCCGAGGCCAAGCUUGCCGACAGAGUGGGCUCUUUGUGGAGAGAGGGAGGACAGGCUGGAGGUGCUCAAGGCUUCUACGUUUGCCUUGGUGAUUGCUGCAGGCGACGGACAGCUGGUUGCCUCGGCAGGCUGUGGGAUGAGGCUUUUUGAGGCCUUAGAGGUAGGAGCUAUCCCAGUCGUGCUGGGGGACCACUCCAGGCUACCCUACCACCAGUUCAUCCGCUGGACAGAGGCUGCCCUUAUAGUCCCCAAGCCCCGUGUCACAGAGCUACACUUCCUGUUGCGCAGCCUAUCAGACAAUGACAUGUUGGCUAUGAGGCGGCAGGGCCGCUUUCUAUGGGAGACCUACUUCUCCACCUCAGAGAAUGUACUUAACACUAUCUUGGCCAGCAUCCGAACCAGCAUCCAAGUCCCCGCUUCACCCAUCAAGGAAGAGCCCGCCCACGAGAUUCCUCACAAAGCCGGGAAGCUGGCCGGAACCGACGCCAACCUGGCCGACAACGGCGAUUUGGAUUUGGGUCCUGUCGAGACUGAGCCUCCUUAUGCCUCGCCACGGUUCCUCCGCAACUUCACCUACACUGCUGCAGACACCUACAGAGCCUGGAACCGGGCUCCUGGACCUUUCCACCUGUUUCCACACACCCCCCUUGACCCUGUGCUGCCUUCUGAAGCCAAAUUCCUUGGUUCAGGUACUGGUUUCAGGCCCAUCGGCGGAGGUACGGGGGGCUCCGGGAAGGAGUUCCAAGCUGCUCUGGGUGGGAACGUGCCCAGAGAACAGUUCACUGUAGUCAUGCUAACUUAUGAGAGGGAGGAGGUGCUGAUGAACUCUCUGGAGAGGUUGAACGGACUGCCGUACCUCAACAAGGUAGUGGUGGUGUGGAAUUCGCCCAAGCCUCCUUCAGAUGACCUGCUGUGGCCUGACAUUGGCCUGCCCAUUGUGGUUGUCCGCACAGAAAAGAACAGCCUCAACAACCGCUUCCUUCCCUGGGACGCCGUGGAAACCGAGGCCAUCCUGUCCAUCGAUGACGACGCUCAUCUCCGCCAUGAUGAGAUCAUGUUUGGGUUUAGAGUGUGGCGUGAGGCCAGAGAUCGUAUCGUGGGUUUCCCUGGGAGGUAUCACGCGUGGGACGUCAACCAUCAGUCCUGGCUCUACAACUCCAACUACUCCUGCGAGCUCUCCAUGGUCCUGACGGGAGCUGCGUUCUUCCAUAAGUACUAUGCCUACCUGUACUCCUACGUCAUGCCCCAGGCCAUCAGAGACAUGGUGGACGAGUACAUAAACUGCGAGGACAUAGCCAUGAACUUCCUGGUAUCCCAUAUCACCCGCAAACCGCCCAUUAAGGUAACGUCUCGCUGGACUUUCCGCUGCCCCGGCUGCCCUCAGGCGCUUUCGCACGACGACUCUCACUUCCACGAGCGACACAAGUGCAUCAACUUCUUCGUCAAGGUGUACGGCUACAUGCCGCUGCUGUACACGCAGUUCCGCGUGGACUCGGUCCUCUUCAAGACUCGUUUGCCCCACGACAAGACCAAAUGCUUCAAGUUCAUCUAGUGACGCAGCAAAAUGCGCGGAUGGAGGGAAGUAUUUAAAGAGGACAGCGGAUCCCGUUGGGUCGGCUGCAGGACGAAACGCACAGAAGGAACGUUUGUGGUGAGGAUUUUGCUCAGGCGGGUAGACGACUUACACUUAAAAGCUGUUGGCUGGUGGUCUAAUCCACGACGCUACUGAAAAUUUGAAGCUGAAAGGGACCACUGCCAACAAAUGAAGCCUUUUCAGUGGAUGUGUCUCCUCUUUUUUUUUUUUUUUUUCUUUUUUUUUCAUGUUCCUCAAUCAUGCUCAAUCAUCAACCACUAACUACAGACAUUCAUUUGCACCUCCAAUCUGCCUGCUGAGGAAAGAGGGCAGAUGUACACCGUGUACAGAAACUCUCCUGGGGUAAAGGAGUCGCUAAGUAACCGAUAAGACUGUCAAUGGGUUCAGAUAAUAGAGCAAAAGCAGCAACAGCACAUGGCUGCCACUACUUUUUUCCCCCGCUCCAUUUUACAGUUACAAACUGUACUUCUUGUACAUGUACAGAACGUGAAAGAAGCACUGAAGGUCAGAAGUAUUUUAUUGAACUUUUUUUUUUUUUUUUUUUUAAUAACGUUGUUUAAAUGUGUAAAUCUCUACGUGGAGUGAACGUUUUCCAGAACCUCUGCCUGUGGGAGAUCAGACUGAGGCAGGACGUCAACUAAAAGAUUAAAAAAAAAAAGAGCCCAGUCAUGUUUAAACGGCGCUCGAGAGAGGGGAUUCACUUCAGCGGUCACCAUAAUGCCUCAAAAUUGUCAUAAAAGAACCAGCCGCCAUUUUGUUACGCUUACAUGAUCUGCACUCUGUGUUUAAAACGGCCUGAUUUUUGUUAAUGCUUACAUAUGUUUAGGAAAAAACUGGUCCCGAGGUUGUAGAAAUCACGUUUAAAUGUAACGGCACCGACCAGUUAACUGUAAUAAUGUCUCUAGCCGCAGUGCAACAAGGUCAAAGGAAAGCACAGCUGCCAAACUCGACAAAAAGUUGCGAGGCUUUGUUGUCUAAUUAUGGUUGUAAUUAAACAGGACGUAUUCAGUGAAGCUACAUGUACUAUUAGAGAUACGGCAAAAACAUGGAGAGGGUUUGGUAUGUUUGAGAAAUACCCUUAUUUGCUUUUUGGUUGAGAGUUGCAUGAAAAGAAAUUGACGCCUUUCUUAAAACGGUUAAAUAUGAGGCCACAGUCAGCAGCUGCUUAGCUUAGCUUAGCUAGCUUAGCUUAGCUUAGCUUAGCUUAUUAGAAGAACAACAGGAAGUAGCCUGGCUCUGCCACAAGGCAACCGAUACUACUAGUAGCACCAUCAAAACUCACAAAUUAAUACAUUAGAUCUUAAUUUUUUUUGAUAUUUCUUGGCUCUAUCCAGUUGCCAGGCAACCAUUUGGUCGACUCCAGGAAGUUAAUAGUCCCGGUCUAGAAAUAGUGUCAUAAAACAAUAACUUUCACUGUUUAGUUUAUGUAUGGAUCAUAUUGAAUGUAACAUGUUAAUAUUUGAGCUUCAGACAAUUUUAUUACUUUUGCUACCAUUCUAAUUUUUUUUGUGCUAAGCUAAUCAGCUAACAGACAGACAGGAAGGAACUAGCCUGACUCUCUCUAAAGGCAACAACUACCACUUAGUUUCUCCUUUUAAAGCUCACUGAACAACACAUUAGUUCUUAUUUAACGAUAAACGUCUGAAUACUUCUUGGCUUGAGCCGGUUGCCAGGCAACCAGCAGAGACUCCAGGAUGCUAAUGGCCCUGGUCUAGAAAUAGUCCAGCGCAUGACCUACAACUAUAAUUUUACUCUUUGGUUCUUGUAUGGAUUAAUCAAAUUAAAUAUAGCGUGGUAAAAGAAAUUCUACUAUCUUUGUGUCCAUCUUUGCGCGAAGCUAACUUGCUAAUGGACAUGAAGUAAUUAGCCUGGCUCUAUCUAAAGGCAACAAGUACCACCUACAAAUACCUUUAAAGCUCAUAAUUUAUCAGAUUCUAUAUAAUUCUAUGGGGGGAUAAUGUGAGUCGAAGUAUGCCUUGGCUCCCGAGCAGUUGCCAGGCAACCACCGGAGUCUCCAGCAGGUUAAUAGUCCCAGUCAGGAAAAAAAAUAAAAAUACACCGACAUGUCGUGAAAGCAUAGCUUUUGUUCUUUGGCUUCUGUUUGGAUUAAGCAAAUGAGAUUUAAUGUGUUGGUGUUUGAGAUUCAUAAAGUUGUAUUUCCUUUUGUAUCCAUUUCCAGUCAUACACAAAGCUAAGCGGCUAACGGACUGCUAUGAAUUUACGAGCACUCUCCUCCAGAAAGCAAAGAGGUGCAUUUCCCACAUUACAGAACUAUUCUCUGUGGUAAACAGCCAGUCAGGCUUUGAAGCACAAGUAUUAGAUAGUGUACGUCCCACCAUAUGUCCCGACAUAUAUACUCCCACUUCAGACAGUCAACGUCACUUUACAGUGUCGCCAUAUUGGUUUCACUUUCUUUGUACCAUUGCUUGAUGAAUGUUUUCUUUGCCAAAUAGGUACAAUGUCGGCUGCUUUAGAGCAUCCGGUGUGAAUGCUUGCUUAAGAGAUGCAGUCUGGUACACCCGUAUCCAACUCUGCACGGUACUUAACCAGGAGUCAGUCCAUUAGAGCCCAGCCUGUCCUGUAUUAUAAACCCAGAGUCCUUUUAUUUGACCCGAUUCAUCUGAAGACAAAUAAGAUCCCUUAUGAAAGAUAUCUAAAUUAGUGUUUUUCUCUAAACCAUGUUCUAGUUGUGAAGAUGCUUUUAUGAAACACAAACUCUUGUAAGUCCAUGGUUCCUGUAUAUUUAUUGAAUAUAUUAUUAAAAAAAAAAAAAUCUUUUCUUUUUUUUUUUUUUUUAAAACUGAAAAUGACACAUGCAAUAACAUGAGGAGACAUUGUAGUUUAUUAUUCCAACUCACACAGAAGUCAGAUUUCAUUGCCACGGAAAACUAUCUGGUGCUGCUGACCCGGGGAGGGGGGGGGGCUCAGGUGUGUGGUUGUCAGAGGCCUUGACCUGUCAUGUCAUAAACUCAGUUUUGGAAGAUGAACCUGUACCUGCUCCAGGUGUUCUACCACUGUCCUGUAACGAAAUGAAAUGUCGACUCGAGGCUUUUUCCACGGAGGAAUAAACAAGAAUCCGGAUUCUUAAUUAGUGCGCAAGACUUCUAAAACAAGUCCAAAUUUCCAUUUUUUUUUUUUUUUACGGUACCGAGCUUGAAAAAGAAAACAGCUUGGAGGAGACUCCUCACCCGCUCGUCACAUCUGAGCAGUUUUAUUGGAGCUCAAGGGGCCCCGUAAUUACCUGGCUGACUCUUAACCGGCCCUCAGGGUGCAGUUUGGGUCGGCUGGUAUUCCUACUGUCCCUGUGGCCACCCCCCCCCCCCACCUCCCCCAAGGAUCUGCGGCACAGCUGGUUUUCCGUGGCUCGGAGUGAGGAUAAAUUUGCCCGGAGGGCCGCAGUCACUCUGCUAGGUGUGUAAAAAGUUGUGAAACUAUGUGCUCCUGGGUCUGAUCCACGGCGGCGGGCGAGGCUCCGGCCUCCUGCAGCGCUGCUCGCACUGUACCGGGCUGAUGAGUGACGACAACGUCAAACAUACCAUUGAAGGCCAGAUGAAUGGAAAUAAAAAUCUCUCAACAUUGUUUAAGAAGA